GCUACAUUUUGGGCAAUGAACCCCAAUCCCGAUUGUGUGCUAUUUAACACUGAAUUUCUGAGUAGGUUUUUUUCCUCUUUUUGCAAUGUGACUGCGCAUGCUUGGAAAGGGAACUCGAGUCCAAGAUCCAAACGCUGUGCAGACCAAACCGCAGGCCACGUUACAGAUCGGCUUACACUGCGGAGUUGUCCUCAUUUCUGCACACGGUCGGCUCCGCCUGCAGUUUCUCCUCUCCAACGCCAGGUGGAGCGACUGAUCGGAUGCCACCACAGAGCUGGCAGGCGGCGCUGUGGCGCCGGGGCCGACCCUCAACAUUGCAAUCCAUCUAUCCUUGGCGGAGCGACUCGUUGGUUCGGGCCGCGCAGGCGCCGAGCCUUCCUUUCGCUAUUCCCGCCCCCCGCCCCUCUCUGUGUUCUCUGCAGUGGGAGCAGAGUUGUCACCAUCCGCAGAGUCCCCCCUCCUCUCCUCUCGACUCGUGCCUGCCUUGUCCUGAAACCUUCAGACUUUCGGCCCCAGCACCUCAGCUCUCCUGCCACCGCCCCUCAUCCCCUGAAAAUGUAUGCCUGCGCCAAGUUUGUCUCCACCCCCUCGGUCAGGAGCACCUCUCAGCUGCUGAGCCGAUCACUGUCUGCAGUGGUGCUGAAACGACCGGAGACACUGACAGAUGAGACCCUCAGCAGCUUGUCAGCCCCACGUCCCCUGACCUCACUUAUUCCUAGCCGCGGCUUGCAAACCAGCGCCAUUUCAAGGGACAUCGACACAGCAGCCAAGUUCAUUGGGGCUGGGGCUGCCACAGUAGGGGUGGCCGGCUCUGGGGCUGGAAUUGGGACUGUAUUUGGGAGCCUCAUCAUUGGUUAUGCCAGGAACCCUUCUCUGAAGCAACAGCUCUUCUCCUACGCCAUUCUGGGCUUUGCCCUCUCCGAGGCCAUGGGGCUUUUUUGCCUGAUGGUGGCCUUUCUCAUCCUCUUCGCCAUGUGAAGAAGCCAUCUCCACCUCCCAUAGUUCUUUCUCCCGUGUCUCGUCUGCCCUGUGUGUUCCUUUUCCUAUACCUCCCCAGGCAGCCUGGGGAAAGUGGUUGGCUCAGGGUUUGACAGAAGGAAGACAAAUAAAUACUGUAUUAAUAAGA